AUGGUAGUGGUUUAUUCGCUUCUGCUCCUUCUCAGUACCUUUUUGGUUUCUACCCCUUUCUCUUUCUCUCUCUCUCUCUCUCUGCGUGUGUGUGUGUGUGGCUGCGGCUGCUGCAGGGCAGGAAAAGAAGGAGAGAACGGGAAGGUGUCGGGCCCGAGCCCCGCAGCCCCUCCACUCACGCACCGAUUGUGUCAUAUGGACGUCAUUCUCACAACAUCGCCCCUGCUGGUUUCUUCGUCCCCACUCAAGGGUGGGGCGUCAAGUGUUUUCACGCAGGUGCCGCAGCCCUGGUCCCUUCUUGCUCAUCACCGCAACUCGCGCUAUCCGCACCCUCAAGGGAAAGCGGAAAUGUCAUCAACGUCCACUUGCGGUGCGGCGGAAGGAAUGUCUGAGAGAGGCGGUUUUGGCGCCUCCGCCGGGACGAUCUCCAGAGCGCCAUGUAGUCCGAUGGGCGUUCAAGAGGAAGAGGCGCGGCCCUACUCCCCGACUGUCUCGACUGUGGCCGUUGCUUGGGGCAAGCUACCAGAGUUGCUUCCGUCGACCGAACCCCUUGACAGCCGUGGCGGCGCUGGGGGUGGGGAUGGUAGUGGUGGAUGGGACUCCUCAGGGGCAGCAAUGGCGGCAGCAGCAGCAGAAACCAUGGAGAAGGGCAGGAGUGAGAGCAAACUAUUGACAUUUCUGAGGAAAAAUGCCUCUCCGUUCUUGAAAGUGGAGAAGACAGAGGCAUUGGGAGCCUUUGCAGCGGUUCUGCAAGAGGUACGUGAAUUGCACCUUUCGCAAUGCCCUUUGUGUGCCCCACGGCGGCCACCGAACUGGUGGACAUCCGCACGUGAGGAAAAAAGGUGCCGUGACACCCCAAAUGACAGGAACAACCGCAACGUUAAAAAAGUGAGGCAGCAAGACGAAGAGAAAGAUGACGAUUGUGAUGAGUAUUUGGAGCUGGACGUCUUGGGGCGAACACACAUCUUUAUGGACGCCGAAAGGAAGUGCGGUGAGGGGCAGAAACAACAAAAAAAGAAACAGCUAGAAAACGGGAAAUAUAUAGACUGUUCCCAAACAUCUUUGACAAAGAUGCAUCAGCGGCUGUAUGUCGAGGCAGUUGAAUUUCUUGAACACGUCUACAGCCGCCGAGAUCAUCUUCACGCCACAUGCCCUGUCAUGUACGCUUUACGUCCAGAGGCACAUUUGCUGCGGCGAGAAUGUGCUGCCCUUGGUGGUAUUGUCCUUCUUGAGGCUCUCUUGUUGGGUCUGUGA